CUUCUAUCUAUCGCAUCUCAUAACGGCAACGAUCUUGUCGAGCAACCAUGUUACUACCGAUUCUUCUCAUCUCUAUUCUGACGAACGCUGGAUUGAUAGAUGAUUUGAUAAAUAAUACACCAAAAUUGUACACAGAUACCAAAGUCCUGAAUUUAUCGCCUGAAGUUCCUGAGGAUGCAAAGCUUAACACGAUUUACUGACAGAAGGGUGCGUCUGUUCCGUGGAAAACAAUAAAACAACGAAGCCGAGUCCCCACGUUCCGAGAUGCUCCGUUAAUCAAACGGUAGAAAGACAUAAUACACGCGUAAAUAUCGCGCCUGCUCCCGAGCCGAAAGGACGCAGUGUCUGUGUCGCACCUCCGCGAUCGAGCCAUGCGGCCUUUGUGUCGGACGACGAACGCAAGUCAUCACGCAUCACAACUAAUAAAUCACUAUAAGUUUAAUAUCAAUCGCAUUGAUAACAGUUUUUUUUUUAUUUUUUGCUAAUCACAUUUAAUUCUACAAUAUAAACAAAUUUGAAUUAUAAAGCAGUCGUUCUAUUGCACAGAUGCAACUAAUAAGCAAAUACGGAUAUAAUGGUGAGCUACGUAAAGUGACAACUGAGGAUGGUUACAUUUUGGAACUCCAUCGAAUAACUGGACCAGCAAAUUCUACCGAUUCGAAUAAACAAAAACCUGUUGCGUUUGUGAUGCACGGCCUUAUGGCCGACUCGUCUUGUUUUGUUACUUUUGGCAACCAAAGUUUAGCGUUUCUUCUGGCGGAUGCAGGUUACGAUGUGUGGCUCGGUAAUGCGCGUGGUAACAUAUAUUCCGGUGAACAUAAAAAUAAAACAAUCUCGAAGAAAGAUUACUGGAACUUCAGUUGGCACGAGAUCGGUACACUUGAUCUUCCAGCAAUGAUCGACUACAUUGUGAAGACCACCGGCCUUGAAAAAAUAUUCUACAUAGGGCAUAGCCAAGGUACCACCUCUUUCUUCAUCAUGGCAACGGAACGGUCUAAAUAUCAGGAGCACAUCGUGGAGAUGUACGCUAUGUCUCCGGUCGUUUAUUGGGGCAGAAUAAAGAGUCCCCCUUUACAACUGCUGUCACAGAUCAUCUAUGAUAUAGAGAUUAUUUUGCAGAAAUUUGAAUUUUACGAAUUCAAUAUUGAAGAAUUCAAAAAGGAAAAUCCACAUGUAUGCGCGAAUAAAAUUACCCAAACAAUAUGCUCGGUUGUGAUGUCCCUGAUAGGUGGAUUCGAUCCUGAGCAACUUGAUUUGGCUUGGCUACCGGUAAUCUUCGCACAUUUUCCUGGUAGAGCAUCCAUGAAACAAAUUCUACAUUAUGGACAACUCAUCAAGUCUGGACAUAUGAUUUCAUCCGGAAAUUUUCAACAAUAUGAUUAUGGAAUAAUUGGCAAUCAAAAAAAAUACAACUCACCAGUACCACCGAAAUAUGAUUUGAACAAGAUCACAGCACCAAUUCAUCUAUAUUACAGUAAAAACGAUUGGUUAGCGAACACUAAGGAUGUAGAUAAAUUUAGCAGCGAGCUGAGCAAUUUGUCCAGUAAAACCUUAAUAGAGUAUCAACAGUUCAAUCAUUUCGACUUUCUAUGGUCUAAGGAUGUAAAGAAAAAUGUAUACGAUCAGAUGCUAAGUCUAAUGAAUAAAAAAUUAAUUUAAUUCACAGAAUUUGACGAAGAAUUUACCUCUCUCGUGGAUAAAAAUGUAUUUUAUCUUUAGAUUAAUGUUUACGUUUUAUAUAAUUCGAUGUAUAUUAAUUUGAAUUAUUAAGCUCUUAUU